AUGCCCAGCUUUCCUCUGCUUCUGCUGCUGCUCUGGGGCACAGAGUCUCAAUUCUUCCCAGCAACUUCAGAAAUACAAAAGAAAGAUAUGGAGAUGGUCCAGAAAUACCUGGAAAAUUACUAUGACCUGAAGAAUGUUGGGGGCCACAAUAAAAGGGUAAAGGACAGCAAAAUGGUUGAAAAGCUGAAGCAAAUGCAGGAAUUCUAUGGGCUGAAGGUGACUGGGAAGCCGGAUGCUGAAACUCUGAAGGUAAUGAUGCAGCCCAGAUGUGGGGUGCCUGAUGUGGCUCAGUUUGUCAUCACUGAAGGACACCCUCGGUGGGAGAAAACACACCUGACCUACAAGAUAGAAAAUUACACACCCGAUUUGCCUCGUGCAGAUGUGGACCAUGUAAUUGAGAAAGCCUUUCAACUCUGGAGUAAUGUCUCACCCCUGAAGUUCACCAAAGUCUCUGAGGGUCAGGCAGACAUAAUGAUAUCCUUUGUCUGGGGAGAUCAUAAUGACAAUUCACCCUUUGAUGGACCUGGAAAAAUCCUCGCUCAUGCUUUUCAACCAGGCCAAGGUUUAGGAGGGGAUGUUCAUUUUAAUGAAGCAAAUAGGUGGACCAAUGAUUUCAGAGAUUUCAACUUGUAUCGUGUUGCGGCUCAUGAAUUGGGCCAUUCUCUUGGACUCUCCCAUUCUACUGAUAUUGGGGCUUUAAUGUUCCCCAACUACAUCUUCAGUGGUGAUGUUGAACUAUCUCAGGAUGACAUCAAUGGCAUCCAAAGCAUCUAUGGAUCUUCCUUAAAUUCGGUAGGCCCAGAGACCCCACAACCAUGUGAUAAUAAGCUUACCUUUGAUGCUGCAACAACAUUUCGAGGAGAACCGAUGUUCUUUAAAGAUAAGUUCUACAUGCGUGCAAGUUCAUUCUACCCAGAAGUUGAAGUCCAUUUCAUCUCUGUUUUCUGGCUGCAUCUGCCAAAGGGACUCGAAGCUGCUUAUGAAGUUGCUGAUAGAGAUGAAGUCCUGUUUUUCAAAGGUAGUGAUUACUGGGCUGUUCAGGCAGAGAAGAUGCUACCAGGAUACCCUAAGGACAUCUAUACAUCCUUUGGCUUCCCUGAUACAGUGAGGCAUAUUGAUGCUGCUGUUUCUGAGGAAGAUACUGGAAAAACAUACUUCUUCGUUUCUAACAAGUACUGGAGGUAUGAUGAAAAUAAACGAUCCAUGGAUGCAGGUUAUCCAAAAAAGAUAGGUCGUGACUUCCCUGGAAUUGGCAACAAAGUUGAUGCUGUUUUCAUGAAAGAUGGAUUUUUCUAUUUCUUUCAUGGAACAAACCAAUAUAAAUUUGAUCCUAAAUCUAAGCAAGUUCUGAAUCAUCUGAAAGCUAAUAGCUGGUUCAACUGCAAAAAUAAUUGA